CGAUCCCGGGAGGGUUGGAUCUCCGAGUACAGCGUGGAGGAGAAACUCGAGUUCAGCAAACGGCAGAAGCAGAGUUCCUGCAGCGCUGAGAGGGACAGCAAACCGCGGAGACGCAAUCAUCACUUGAAAACCUACGAAGGGCAUUACCAGGAAUCUAAGACUAUAAGCAGGAGGAUGGAGUGUAAGGAGCGGCAGGCCAGGCAGCCGAGCCGGGAGUCGGGAGUGUAUGGCAAUGAGGGCCCACGCAAGGAGCUGGGCAGUGACAGAGACUGGCACCACUAUAGCAAAUCCUCGAUGGCAAAUCAGAUCUUCAGAGCAGUGCACUUCCUACACCGAAACAAGCUUACUCACACUGACCUGAAGCCAGAGAAUAUCCUCUUUGUGGAUUCUGACUACUGCUUGGAGUACAAUGUAAAAUUGAAAAGGGACGAGAGGACCUUGAAGAAUACUGAUGUGAAGGUGGUGGAUUUUGGAAAUGCUAUAUAUGACCACGAGCACCAUACUUCUGUGGUGUCCACCAGGCAUUAUCGAGCACCUGAGGUCAUUCUUGAACUUGGAUGGAACCAGGCAUGUGAUGUUUGGAGUCUGGGCUGCAUACUAAUUGAGUAUUACCUCGGAUUGACGCUCUUUCAGACUCACGACAGCAAGGAGCACUUGGCUAUGAUGGAAAGGGUCCUUGGGCCAAUACCCAGCUCCCUCUUACAGAAAACCAAGAAAAGGAGAUACGUUCGUCAUGGGCGGCUGGACUGGGAUGAGCACAACUCUUCCGGGAGAUAUGUGAGGAAGCACUGCAAGCCCCUUAAACAAUACAUGUCCUCAAAGAGUACAGAGCAUGAGCAGCUUUUUGACCUCAUGCACAAGAUGCUGGAGUAUGACGUAUCCAAAAGGAUCACUCUGGAGGCAGCCCUCAGACACCCCUUUUUUGAUCCUUUGAAAGGAAAGAAAAAGUGAUGAUGAGUU